AUGACCUCUGCAAUAUUUCUGUUGGAUUCUAGAGGAAAGGAAUUGAUAUCUAGAAACUAUCGAGGAGACAUACAAAUGAAUGUAGUUGCUUCCAAAUUUAUAUCAAGCGUUUUGACUAAAGAUGAUUUAGAUAGAUUACCAAUAGUCGAACAUGAAGGAAUCUCCUUUAUAAAUGUUAAAUAUAAUGAUGUUUAUUAUUCUAAAAGUAAAUCUAAAUGA